AUGGCCCAAGUCACUCCCUCGAAGCAGGCUGCUUCCUCGCUCGAGAACCUCAAGAUGAGCGACUCGCCUGUCAAGAAGCUUAACUUCGACGCCGCUGGCAAGGAGAAUGUCUCCGCCCCCGCCGUCGACGCGACUGCCGACAAGCUCGCCGUGGAAAAGACUACCGAAACCCCCAAGGCUCCCACUAUCCAAGAGCUUGAAGCUAUGGAGCCUUUGCUCCAGGAGAACCCCCGUCGUUUUGUUCUCUUCCCCAUCAGAUACCAUGAGAUCUGGCAAAUGUACAAGAAGGCUGAGGCUUCUUUUUGGACCGCCGAGGAAAUCGAUCUGUCCAAGGACUUGCACGACUGGCACAACCGUCUCAACGAUGACGAGCGAUACUUCAUCUCCCACGUUCUUGCCUUCUUCGCCGCUUCCGACGGUAUUGUCAACGAGAACCUGCUUGAGCGCUUCAGCAACGAAGUCCAGGUCCCCGAGGCUCGUUGCUUCUACGGUUUCCAGAUCAUGAUUGAGAACAUCCACUCUGAGACUUACUCUCUUCUGAUCGACACCUACAUCAAGGAGCCCAAGCAGCGCACCUACCUCUUCGAUGCCAUUGAGACCAUCCCCUGCAUCAAGAGAAAGGCCGAGUGGGCCAUCCGCUGGAUCCAGGACAAGGAGUCUACCUUCGCCUCCCGUCUCGUGGCCUUUGCCGCCGUUGAAGGUAUCUUCUUCUCCGGAUCAUUUGCCUCUAUCUUCUGGCUCAAGAAGCGUGGCCUGAUGCCUGGUCUCACUUUCUCCAACGAGCUCAUCUCUCGUGACGAGGGUCUCCACACUGACUUCGCUUGCUUGCUCUUCGGUCACCUCAACACCCGCCCUGACAAGAAGGUUGUUGAGGACAUCAUUGUGGAAGCCGUUGAUAUUGAGAAGGAGUUCCUCACUGACGCCCUUCCUUGCGCUCUUCUCGGCAUGAACUCCAACUUGAUGUGCCAGUACAUCGAGUUCGUUGCUGACCGACUCCUGCUCGCUCUUGGCAACAAGAAGUACUUCAACGCCACCAACCCCUUCGACUUCAUGGAGACCAUCUCCCUGGCCGGCAAGACCAACUUCUUCGAGAAGCGUGUCGGUGACUACCAGAAGGCUGGUGUCAUGGCCAGCACCAAGAAGGACGAGGAGAAGAAGACCGAAGAGGGAGAGGGUGGCCUUGCCUUUGACGACGACUUCUAG